AUGAUCUUUGACAUAUUUCCUUUUACCUUACCAUUCACAUCUAAUCUGCCAUCAACAUCUGAGUCUUCAUCCAUGACAAUCCAUGGAAUCGCAUCAAAUCUUUCUACAGUAUCCAGCUACGGCAAAGUCAUUCCCAAUUCAAUGAUGACCAAUAUCUUGCAACUAUCAAUAUUGACUGGUAAACUUGAAUUGAUUGCUCCAAAGUAUGAUAGACCGGGAUUCAAGAAAGCAAAUGGUUUCCGAAGUAUUGUAAAGGUGAUCAAUAAAUUUGUCCCAACUCUGCUUGAAAUUACUCAAAUUACUCAAAUGGAUUCUCCAGCAAACAUCCAAAGAUUCAUUAGUGCAUCGAAAGAGAAUAAUUUUCCCUCUAAAUGUGUCAACGCAGCCAAUAGUGUCCUCACCAUCCUCAUUGAACUAUGUGAUAUGGCAAUCGAUUGUCAUAAUAAUUGGUCACUGGUAAAAGAUACUAAACAGAAAUUCCUUUGGCUCCAACGCACCUAUCGUUAUACACAUGAUCGAUUAUCAACUCAUUUACAACAAUAUUGGGCUUAUCAUCCAGUUUUCUGGUACGAAUCGACGAUUCGUAAAUUACUUACUUUGACAACUUGUACAUUUGCUGCUUUGAGUAAACCACCAAAUUCAUUGACCGCUUUAUUGUCAAAUGAAGAACGAGGUGAGAGACUAACGUCAAUUGUUUGGAAAGGGGAUCCAUUUUACCAGACAGGCAUAAUCAAUCUAGUUGACAAUCCCUUAACAUCAUCUAUUAGUAGAUUGUUUCUAAAAUAUCACAAAAUUACAGCCAAAAAUAUAAAUAUUAAAAGACAAAAAAACUGGUUUAUACCAUCUGAUGGAGGAUCAGUAACCAGGGUCCAUGACAUUUCUUCCUUAAGAGAUGGUCCCUUACGGGAUACCGUUAAGCUGCGGCUUUAUCAAGCUGAUAGUGUUACUGCAAGUGGAACUGUUAUAAUCCAAAUUCAAGGUGGCGGUUUCAUGGUCGAUGCUCAUACUGUUCAUACUAGUUAUCUUAAAUCAUGGUUACCUCAAUUGGCAGGUGCAAUAGUACUCAAUAUUGACUAUAGUUUGAAUGUACGCUAUCCAGUUGCCUUGCAAGAAAUUGUUGACACUCUGUUAUGGUUGACUAGUCCAAAGACUCUUAAUGAUGUUGCAUCAACUCUUCAAAUUAUUCCAACUUCAAUUGUAAUUCUUGGAGAUUCAUGUGGUGGUUAUUUAGGAUUGGCAUCUUGUGCAGUAUUACGUGACAUUCAGGACCUGGCUCCAGAUGAAAUUACAAUUCUACCCGAAUCAAUUGUUUGUAUAUCACCGGUCAUGGCACCUGUUAAUCUUAAUUAUUCACCGUCUCUUUUACUAUCAAUUCUCGAUCCAUUUUUAUGUCCAGCUAUAAAUCUCCAAGUACUUUCUCUUUACUCAUCUGGAAUCACGCUUGACUCUGAAUGUCAUUCUACUUUGGAUGCAACCACUUCGUCUUCACAAGCACCCAUGUCUUCUGGCUAUGUUGAAGAAUCACUUUGGUUUACAAUAAAUAGGUGUAUGUUCAAUAAGUACCCUUGUUGGUUUGAUUGUGAUCCUGUCGUUUUUGAAAAGAGAUUGAUCAAAAUGACAGAUAAACUAUUCAGUCCAUACAUAUCAAUUUUAACUUCAUAUGAUUUAACUCGACUGUCUUCUGAUUUGCGGAUUCAUUUGAUUACUUCUGAGCUGGAUGUUCAAUUGGAUAGUGCAUUUGAAUUUGAGCGAGUUUGGGAAGGAAAAAUUACAAUUGAUGUAGUUGAGGAUUUACCGCACGGAUUUUAUGCAUUUGCACCUUUCUCCAAUGCUGCUAAAAUUGCUUCACAAGUUUGUUUGGAUCGAUUGAAACAAGCUAUUGGUUUACAAGCACAGAGCACAGAGUGCGAUAUUAAUUUCUGA